AUGCUCCUGUUCCUAUGCAGGAUCUGGGCAGUCGAGGCAACCAGAUCCGAGCCGAUACCACUUUAUAUGGACGAGAUGUUGAACGCAGGCCGAGAAGUAUACGACAAGCACUCCCCGCCCGUCCAGGACGAAAAUCAACCAACGGUCGUCCGCCUGGCAAUGUACAUAGAGGGGAUGUCGUCAUUUCGGACACAAACCAUGGAUUUCCAAUUAGACGUCUAUUUCCAGCAAUUCUGGAAAGACCCUCGCCUUGCUCACAAUGAAACAAAACGGGUAUUGAUUCGUGACAAGGGCAUCCUGGAGAAGAUCUGGCAUCCAGAUGUCUAUUUUGCAAACGCUCGCAUAGCCGAAUUCCACGAGGUCACCCAGCCCAAUUUUCUUGUAUGGGUUGAGCCGGAUGGGAGUAUUUUGUAUGACACACGAGUCAGUAUGAUCGUAUUAUGCACCCUGAAACUUCAAAAAUGGCCUCUGGACUCGCAGCAAUGUCAGCUCCGGAUACUGAGUUACGCCUACACAACCGAUCAAUUACAAAUCGAAUGGAUCAACACAGAUCCGAUCACACGAAACCCCGGGAUUGCAAUGUCCGACAUGAGAAUCAACGAUUUGUACCCAGGGUUUUGCGAUGGGAAUUAUAGUACAGGCACCUGGUCAUGCGUUACCGCUGAAUUUGCCGUGCAACGCGAAAUCACUCACCACCUGAUGCAGUCCUACGUGCCCACGACUCUGAUCGUAGUCAUAUCAUGGUUUUCCUUCUGGCUAGACGUCGAAGCGGUGCCAGCACGAGUUUCGUUGGCCAUUACAACUUUGCUAACACUUUCAACCCAAGCAAAUGCGGCUCGCUUGGCUUUGCCGGAGGUGUCUUACAUGAAAGCUAUUGACGUUUGGAUGGGCGCUUGUAUGAUGUUCGUGUUCGGCGUCAUGAUCGAGUUCACCAUCGUCAACUAUGCUCAACGUCAAGCCGAGGGGAAAGUG